GUUUCCAAUCAAUCCGUAAUUUGUUUCUCUUAUCAUACACAAUAUGUCUAGAAAGCUAUCGUAAGCAACCAUAUGAUAUUUUCCAGAAAGUAUGGUAUGAUACUUUCCGUAGACGUUUGUGUUCCGGAAGAUUAACAAGCGGGAUAAAAAUAAACAAGAUGUCACGUUAUCAUUCCGACGGGAAAGUCUACGUGGGAGAUCUGGGAAGUAACGCCAGCAAGCAGGAGCUGGAAGAUGCGUUCUCGUAUUACGGAUCUUUGCGGAAUGUUUGGGUUGCCAGACAUCCUCCCGGAUUUGCCUUUGUUGAAUUUGAAGAUCCCAGAGAUGCCGAAGAUGCGGUGAGAGGCAUGGACGGUCGUACUAUAUGUGGAAGACGUGCUCGUGUGGAACUGUCCAAUGGAAAGAGAUUAAGGGGCUCUAUGAGAAGAGGUGCUGCGAGACCUUUUCAUCCAGAAGACAGAUGUUACGAAUGUGGUGAAAGGGGCCACUAUGCUAGAGACUGUCCUCGUCAUAGGAGUUCUCGUCGAAAGAGGAGUUGCGGCUGAUCGCAGGGCAUACGCAUUGAGAAAAUGCGUGUCGCUACCGACAUUGUCGCGAGAUUCGCCUUGGGUUCACUUUGUGACACACACCGCGUAGUUACAGCGUAGAGCACCUACUUUGGGGUUUCCCUCUGCACACUCUGCGAGAGCGAGAAACGGCAUAAACACGCGCGGGCCGGACACGGGGUGGCUAGUUCUGCGCACUACGAUACCGAUCCGCUGAGCAUCACCCCUAGACCGAGAGUUUAUGCACGUCCGGCACACUUCUGGCGUACUUCGUUCAGCUAUCCGUGAUUUCUGCGACAAUCGUCGUCGUCAUGGUUGUCACCGUCGUCGUCGUCGUCGUCCGUCGUCGUCGUCGUCGUCGUCGUCCGUCGUCGUCGUCGUCGUCGUCGUCGUCGUAGUACCUAACCGGCCACUGAGAGACACGAACUUUCAGCGGUCCCAUCUAGCCACUCUUCGUCCGUUCAUCCGACCCUCUCGUGAUUUCAUCUGCAUAAAGUGCUCAUCCGCUCCUCCCUUCCCGGCGCGUAGCCGCAUCGCGUGCUCCACGAUUGUCUGCUAUAAGCGGCCGGGGAAGAUGGUCCCGUUCGCGAUCUCGAUCGCGAUCUCGAUCUCGUUCACGUUCCCGCUCGAGAUCCCGCAGCAAUCGCUCGCGCUCACGCUCGUCG